UCUCUCUCUCUCUCUUUACAAUUGAUUCUCAAUAUUCUUCUAAUUUCUCUCUCUAAAAUCUUCACUUCACAGCUUUUUCAAUCUGCUUUCUUUGACUCAACAAGAGGUUUUUUCGUGGACGAAUCAAAGCCACAAAAAGUUUCGAUUUUUACCCAUUUCAUCGACCCUGGAUCGCUUCACUGUGAUUUACAUGAGCUCUCAUUUCUCCUACAGACAUAAACAGUUAUCUACUACAUCCUAGUUUUGUAUAUAGGAUGAGGUGUUUUACUGUUUUGAAGAGAAAGAAGAAAAAGUCUGACCAGAUUGUGUAUGUAAAACGCGUAAGCCCUGGCGAUGAUUCACCUACAGCUACAGUACUUCCUGAGCCGCAAGCUCAUACUCGCUCACUCCAGUCUGCACCUCCUAGUUUUAGGACCAGAGUUAAACCUAUUCAACCCAGUAAUAAAGUCAAUAUCAAUAGAACAAGAACACUGUCUGCUCCAUCGUCUCUUGAUGAAGCAGAACAGCAUACUUUCGCCUCAAUCGAGUACGAGGAGCAAGCGUCAAAAUACCGAGCUGGAUCAUUGAAGGAGCAGCGUUCUUCUAGUCCACAACCUUUACCACUACCAUUUCCUAAGGGUGGUGGUACACUGAAUACUGUUGGAAGCUUUAAGUUGGGGACAGCUAGUGGUCCUCUAUUUUCUUCUGGACCUUUGCCGCUUCCACCUACUGGGUCGCUUCGAAACUUUUUGUAUGACGAACUUGCUUCUGCUUGCCACAAUUUCUCUUCAGAUCGAUACAUGUCAGAAUGUCUUUCGUCCACCAUAUAUAAAGCUUCCUUUGGUGGUGAUGAUGCUUCAAGUUCAAAGAAGUUUGAAGCCACUGUCACACGCCUUCACCCAUCACCUCAGAGCUUGAAGGAAUUCAUAAAUGAGGUUAAUACUAUUGCAUCUUUGCGGCAUCCGAAUCUAUGUAGAUUGCUAGGAUUUCAUGCACGUGAUGGUUCAGAACAUAGAAUGUUGGUUUAUGAGAGGCUAUACCAUGGAAGUUUGGACCGUCUAUUGUAUGGUAGAUCUGAUGGACCGUCAAUUGAUUGGAAUACAAGAAUCAAAAUUGCGAUAUGUGCUGCACAAGGUCUUUCUUUCUUGCAUGAAGAAGGUCCUUUUCAGGCAAUGUAUAAUGAAUUCUCAACAACCAACGUACAGAUUGACAAAGAUUUCAGUGCAAAGCUUUCAGGAUAUGGUUGUGUUGGACAUUUUCCCAAGGAAGAGAUUUCAAGCAAUUCAUCUGCUGUUGGAAACCUAUCGAUGGAGACACUGGAGAAAGGAAUGCUCACUCCAAAGAGCAAUGUAUGGAGUUUCGGAAUUUUUCUUCUAGAGCUACUCACAGGAAGAAAGAAUCUCGAUAGCCGUCACUCCAAGGAAGAGAGGAAUUUGGUGAAGUGGAGCAAGCCUUUCCUAUCUGAUAAUCAUCGUUUGUCGAUGAUCAUGGAUCCUCAACUCAAAGGUCGCUUUCCUUCUAAAGCAGCGAGAACAAUAGCCAACAUUGCACAAAGAUGCCUUCAAAUGGAGCCAUCAGACAGACCAACCAUGGGAACUGUUGUUGAGCAUCUAAAAAAGAUACAGGAUUUGAAGCAUUCUUGCAGGUUCCCACUGCAAGAACCAUCACAAAUCUAUGCAACACAAAUGUCAAGAUCACCAAGUUUGAAUGGUAUCAUCCACCCUGCACCAAGGUCGAGUUUCUCUCCAUCACCUUCAUCCAGAGCCCUAGUAUCUGUAUCGCCUCCAAGAUGGUCUGAAGUGUCCAUUCAACUUCCGCUUCGUGCUUCUUCUUCAACCCUGUCUUUAGAAGAGCUAGAGAGGCAAGGAAGCCGCAAGUCGACAUCCUCGGUGUCUAGGAAGGCUAGUGUUGAAGGAUUUUGAUAGUCUAUAGUGUUCAUUUUUUAUUUGUUAUUCUUAUUUUUUUGGUGAGGUUCAACACAAAUUUAUAGGAGAUAAAGAUGUGGUUCUUCCACCUUGUAAUCAUCCCUUAGUGUGAUGCAGAGAGGAUGUUCUUUUGUAGAUAGUGCAAAGGUUGGACCCCUUAGUUCAAUUAGUUACUCCAUUUAUAUGAUAGUCUAUAUAGUCUUUAGAUUUUACUAUGUGAUAUAAAAGGUACAAUUAAAUUUGGUUUGAAGUGAAAGAAGCAGGACAUAUAUAUCUUUGGCAAUAGAUAUAUAUUUUUAUUUUGA